CAUCCCGUUUCAGACAUCUUUCGUCGAUGGGCCGCCCAAUUGACGAACGAUCCUCGGUCGCUACCGGCUGAAACGACGAGCGUGAUUUUCCUGCUUCUCUUCCCAGAGGAGGACGUGUGCAGGAAGUAUGAUCUGCAAGAGACCAAGCUCGCGCAGUACCUCCUCAAGAUAUUCCCAUCAACAUCCACCGACAUCAAACGACGUCUGACCAAUUGGAAUGUGCAGUCUAGUAAUGGGUGUCUAGGUAAUGUCGUGAAAGAUGUCCUAGAGUCUAUUUCAUACGCUAGUAUCCACCUUGGACUUCCUCCUCUCAGUGUGCUUGAAUUUGCCACCCUGCUUGACAAACUAGCUGCCACAUCCGCCUUCUCCGACCGUUCAAUCCGAAGCAAACAUGAUCGCAAGCACCGCGGUACAAGGCUGGAAAUAUUAUCUUCCAUAUAUCGACGUCUCGACCCCACAGCCGCGGCAUUUGUAACACAAAUUAUCUUGAAGGAUCUCCGCCCACUCUUAUACCCCCUUCAAGCAACGCACUAUACCGCCGCAUUGACGGAGUACAACAGCAACGCUAUAACGCCCCUCUCCAAGGAAGACGCAAUGAGGAUCUGGGAUCCUACCGGCGCCAUGUUGAGAGCAUAUCGAUGUACCAACUCCUUCGAAGACGCCAGUAGAGCCUUUCAUUCUUGCACCCCAUAUACGACGGGCACGCCACAAAUUGGCACGCCGAUCCAGAUCCCGAAAUGCCGUAAAGGACAGGGCUGUGCUCACGCUCUGCAGGUUUUCCAGCCGUCCGACCGUGUAUGGGCUGAGACGAAGUACGACGGCGAGCGCGCUCAGAUCCACGUCCAAAUCCGCGAUGGAAAACCCUGGAUAUCGAUUUUCAGCAAGAGCAAGCGGGAUUCUACGUUGGACCGUGCAGCCAUCCACCCCAUCAUCCACCGCGUCCUUGGUAUCGAAGAGGCGGGAAAUGUGAGGCUGUCGUCGCCCAAGAUCCGGAGGAACAUCGUCCUCGAAGCAGAGAUGGUUGCGUAUUCGGAAGAAAUGGACAAGAUCGACGAAUUCUGGAGAAUUCGCGACUUGAUUGAGAGUACGGCUGUGGGUGUCCGCGGUCGGCCACGCACUGAUGCGCCGCUCAGUGACUCGCAAACUUCCUCCACUUCAGAUAAUUCAACGCGUCACUUAGCUCUGAUAUUCUUCGACGUUCUCAUCCUGGAAUCCGUGUCUCUCCUCUCCGCGCCCUAUGCUACUCGGCGGGACAUUCUGGAAUCUCUGAUCACUCCCAUUCCCGGUUAUGCGAUGCUUGCUGAGCGGACGCUGGUCUCACCGGACGGGAUCGCGGAGGGUGGGGAUGCGGAGGAGAGGCUCAGGAGCACAUUUGCACGACUACUAUCCGAACGUGAGGAAGGAAUCGUCCUCAAAGCGGAGAGGGGACUCUACAACGAGUAUCGCUCCCCGUGGGUUAAGCUCAAGAAGGACUACAUUCCUGGGUACGGCGACGCUGUUGACCUCGUGCUGUUAGCCGCUCGGUGGGACAAGGAUCGAGGCCGGGAGCUCCGAGUGUCUCCUGGAACCUAUACGACGUUUUACUUGGGCGCGCUCACCAACGCCGCUGCGUGUCAAUCUAAAGCCUCCACAAAACCUGACUUCCGGGUGCUAUUCACAGUGUCGUACGGUUUGACACGCGAACAACUGGAACACCUCAACUUCAGGAUACGGAGCGCGGUGUCAGUCGAAUACCGAGAGCAUACUGCAGAUCAACUUUCAUACACCUUCGUGAUGCCCAAAGGCAUCCCUGCACCAGAGGUUAUCCUCGAAGAGCCAUUGGUGGCCGAGGUCUUCGGGGCCGGCUUCACCAAGGAGCACUCGAACAAGUAUUAUGAACUCCGAUUUCCCCGGAUGACCAAAGUAUACCGACGUCAGGAAAGGAGUUGGGAAGACGCGACCGACCUGCAUUCCUACCAAAAGAUCGCAUUCGAGGCUGUCGGCAAAGACAGACCGAAUAAAGACGUGGAUGAUUGGUGCAAGAGUCUGUGGGGGCAGCCAGUGUCGCCUGCCGCUUCGUGCCCGCUGAAGAGGAAGCGUACGGAGGAGAUAUGGAAGGCGAAGUUAGCUGCGUCGGACCAGAGGACUAGAAGCAGGAAGAAACUACGCUCUGACGCGGAUGAUGAGACUCUGCGUCAAGUCGACUGGACGGUGUCGUCCACGAAGCGCUCGAGGCCAGGUCUGAAACCGCUAGCGUCCGUCACGAACUUGAACCAGAGGCCAUAA